AUGGCAUCUCGACAGUAUAAUGUGCCUUACAACCCCCAGGAUUGGGGGCCGAUGAAUGGGGGGGUCAUGCAUGCGGGACAGCCUUCCUACGCGCAGCCUAAUAAUAACAUGCUGCGAGUCAUGACGCACUCGCGACCAGCUGGGCCUCAUACAGAUAUGUCUCUCUCGCCGCCGCCUCCGCCGUACUCACCUCCCAGUCAGCCUCAGCAGCAACAAAGAGACCAUGGCAACCAAGGGAGCUCCGGCCGGGGAUCAGCAUCACCCAGUGCGACGCCUUAUCACGGAAACGUAUACCACAGCUCCGAGCCACCAGUGGAGUAUCGACAACAACCUCUUCCACGGACUCGUCCACUAUCCAUGGUGGGAGACAUAAGCCAUAAUAGACAGAUGUCGCUCCCUCCACCCCCUCCUCUGCCGCAGGGGGCGGGGCCGUCUUCCAGGUCGUCAUCGCAGAACCGUGGAGGAUCACGGCCCUACAUUAUGGUUUCUCAUGAACACCAACAGGCCUCACAUCCCAAUGAUCAUUCGCACAUGAUGGCGACGAGUAUCAACGGCGACGACCCGAUGCGGCCACCCGCUUCAAGACGCGCUGUCUCUGCUGGCCCGAUUGUGGGCAGUGCAAGCACAUCGCGAGCCACAAGCCAAUCUCGAAGUCGAUCGCCUCCGACCCAAAGCUGGGAGCCAGGCAUGCCUCUGCCACCGCCGCCGCCUGGACCGCCUCCAGCCGCACGGUCCCAAAGUACCAGUGGCCUGUCCGCAUCGUCCUCGCGGCAUUCGCAGGCUCCAAAGAGAACCACCAAGACUCGGCCCCCUCCAGUCCUCGGAACAGGCUUGGACAGCAUCCCGCCAACGCCGGCUGGCUGGGUAGACGAAUCUACUAGCAAUAGACAGAAAGAUAAAGCACCGCUUACGAUUGAUACUGCGAGUGUUUCAAUGGCCCGUCAGCAUGCGGACGACCUCGAUACUGGCGAGCGAUACAAUGUGCCGCAAAGUUCUACCAGCGGUGGUCUUUUCCGCAGCCCGGCAAUUCGCGACUCGAGCGCCAAAGGCAUCCGCGAGAGGCGAAUAGAACGCCGGAAUAGACGAAGCCAUGUGUUUGAUGACUUCAGCGCCAUUUCUACAAAUAGCAAUCCCUGGGCAGAAGCAUUGGACCAAGUGAGGCCAUCUAACCUAGUGCUGCAAGAAGGGCAUGAUACGCCGGACAGCGCUACACAGCAGGCUUCCGUCAGAGACACCCCGCGCAGUAACUAUAGCGCGGGAUCCGAUGGGCCACAGACAACCUCGCGUUCAAGGGCCUCUUCGACAGGCCUCUUCUCCAAUCGCUCUUCAUUCUCGACGCCCAAGGCUGAACCAAGUCCAUGUGUACCCCCAGCUCGGUAUGCGCAGACUCCACCAUUCUCACCCGGCACAGAGAAACAGGCUCAUUCGAAGGGGGCUCCUCAGUCAUUGCCUCCUCGAGCCCUCCCGACGCCACCUUUGCAGUCAGGACAGGAUGCGCGCCCACCCUCUCGGCCUGAAUCACGAGGGGACCGCCCCGUCUCGCACAUCCUACAUCUUCCUAAUGAGGACUCUGCGCCGAUGGCUUCACCCUUGCCCCCCCGCCGAUUGUCAACGGGCCAAGGCCCGUCGCUGGAUUCCAUCGUUCACCAAGACGUCCAAUUCGUCCACAACGCAACCCAGAGGCACAAGACCUUUAUAGAGAAGGAAGCCAACGCGGCCGAUGAAGCCGAAGCUCUGAGCAUUUUCAUGGAGUAUAUCAUUGGCGAGUCCCAGAUAAGACGAGAGAAAUACGCCAAACUUUGGGAUACGGGCACCGUGAACGUAGAAGACGUGCGUCGAAAGAUCUUUGAAAUGCCACCCAAGCCAGCCCCAGAACCCCAGAUGGGGCGUCCUUCGCUUUCGCGGCAGUCUUCUCGUGGCGGACCCCCAAGAUUAGACAUCCCACAAUCUCGUCCUGAAUCAGCAUGGUGGAGCAACUACAAGCCGUGUCUAUCACCCAUCGCCAGCCUCAGCAUGAGCAAUGACGAGAUGAGCUCUCGUGGCCGUGCGCCUAGCCGCUGGUGGGAGUCAAAGUCCAGCAGCGAGGGAGGUGAGCGAAGAAUCCAGCGCUCCAAAAGGGAGUCCAAGUACAUGGGAUUGCCUCUCGAGGCGUUACAAUGGACACAAUCACGAGUCCCUUCCGACGCGGGGAAUCCAGGGCACGGCUAUGAAUUCACGCAGCAACCGGUUUCUUACGGUCCAGAUGAAUACCCUCCGGAGAAAGUAGGGUGGCACGAAGACCCCGCUUCCUCGGAGUACGCCAGUACGGUAGGACAUGCUUCCUACGGGCACACGAAGGAACACCAUAAGAUGGAUGUUUCACGACUUAUCACCCUCCCGCCGCCGUACCCACGGCAUCACCCAGCUGUCAACAACAGCCAUCCCGACCUAGUCACAUACCGGACUGUAGUCCGUUCGAUCAGUGAUCUUUCCGAAGUCAAGGCUACUCGACAGCGGCACAAUAGUGAAAUCGAAACUUUACGGCGCAGCCAUCAGGAACGACUUCGGGAAGGACGUCGGGCGUUCAAGGCCAAUAUCCAAAGCCAGAUUGAACAGGGAAGCAUUACGUUUGCGGAAGCUGCAGAAGCGGAGGCUGCGCUGAUCGUCGAAGAGAACCAGAUGGAGAGGGAACUGGUGAAGCAAGAGCUGGAUACCUACCAAGAAGCCGUGCUCACACCAUUGCAUACCGUUCUCACUGAUCGCAUCGACAAAGCAACGGCGUGCAUUGAUGAGCUACAGAGCAAGCUGUUUGAUGAUGCACAACAUGGGACACCAGACCAAACGCAGGAGGAAGGGGAUGAGAAGCCGGAGCUACUGGAGAAGUUAACGCAGCUGAAAUGGUUGUUCGAAGCCCGAGAGCUCCUCCACCGGGAGAUGUACGAGCUGGUCAGCGACCGGGACGAAAAGUACAAAGCUGUGGUAUUACUGCCGUAUAAGCAGAAGGCGAACGAAGAGAAGAUCUGUGACACCAAUGCCUUUUUCGUCAAGGAUGCGCUGGACCGACGAGUGAACCACGAGGCGAGCGCCCUGGCACGCCUGGAGUCCUUCCUGGACGUGGUGGAGGGAAAUGUGGCCCGGGGCGUGGAGAUCCAGCUGUCUGCAUUCUGGGACAUUGCGCCCUCCCUUGUGGCCUUGAUCGAGCAGAUCCCCGCGGAUAUCGACGGGUUCCAGAUCCGCAUUCCCCCCAAUGAAUAUGAGGAGAACCCGAGCUACCACCGACAUCCGCUCCAGUACCUGUACACACUCGUCUCCCACGCGGAAAAAUCCAGCUAUCAGUACAUUGAGUCCCAGAUCAAUCUGUUUUGCCUUCUGCAUGAAGUCAAGUCCGCGGUGAUGAGGGCCCACUGCAAGCUCGUGGAGGCCGAACGCACCCGCCAAGGCGAGGCGGAAGAGAUUGUUCGGCGCGAGAUGCAGGAGUCUCAAGCGGACGAAGAGCGAGCAUUGACCAACGACCUGAAAGACAAGGUUGCUACGGUGGAAGGACAAUGGGCGGAGGCCCUGGGGAGUGAGAUCCAGGGGCUCCGGGAGCGGGUGAAAGAGCAAUUGAUGCGGGAAGAUGGAUGGGAGGAUCUGGAGCAGUUGUGA